AUGAAGUGGAGUAUAAUCAUCUUCGCGUCUUUGGCUGCGGCUGUCACCGCUCAAUACCAACACGGUAUUUGUCCGUUGAUCCUCUCACCAAUUUGCGCAUCGAAUGGAAUCACAUACGAUAACGAUUGCCUCUUCGACUACGCCGUGUCUCUGGACAACACCAUAACUUCGUUAUUCCGUGGAACAUGUGAGCCGUCCAGUUUCGAUUUUAUUCAAUGCAGAGAAUAUGAUGUAGAAAUUUUGAUUACGGUUUGCGGCUCGGACGGAUUCGUCUACGAGAACGAAUGCUUCUUCGAUCUCGCUGUUAAAAGGAAUCCGAGUCUGAGGAAGAGACACAACAGCGAAUGCCCGUUGAUUUGCGGAUCUGAUGGUUUGCUUUACGAUGUUCAAAUUUUCUUCAGAGAACAAGACGAAAACGAAGAACUUUACCAAAAACCCAUCAGCUUUUGCAGCGUUUAA